AUAGAAGGACUGAAUAUGAACCAACCACAGAAGCUGGCUUCUGAAAAAAAAAGAGAGUAUUUAUCCUACGGCCAUAGCAGUGUCGCUUGGGGCUGAAUAUAAUUGGUAAUACUUAACAUGAACAUCUAGACUACUCAGAUACUUCAUGUCUCUGUGAGGCAAAUUGUGUCUGAGGAAAUGGCCUUUCAAGAACAUAUAAGGAAUGAUUUUCAUAAGGUCCUUUUGAAACAGAAGUAAAGGAUAAAUCAGCCUUCAAGCCGAAUAGGUGUGGCCUUCAGUUCUGACUCAUUCUGAAGUACUGCUUCUACUUAUUAGUGCAGUCAAAUAAACAAUAAGAUUCCAACUCCAUUUCCUUGCUAAGGGUGAAGAACACAGAAAUUAUGAAAAAAGCGAAAAGUCAACUGUUACUGCAUAUUGCUGUUACCCAAAUGUACUAAUGCUUUGCAGAAAAGCAGAUCUAGCUUAACCCUCUUAUUUUGCAUUAAACUGAGGGUGUACUUGCUGUUAUCAACUGUAUUUUAGGACAAGAAAAAUGAACUCUGUAAAAUGUGUUUUGGUUGGUGACACAGCUGUCGGGAAGACAGCUCUGCUUGUUCGAUUCACCACUGAGACUUUUCCAGAUAUUUACAGGCCUACGGUAUAUGAAAACACAGGAGUGGAAGUUUUUAUGGACGGAAUACAGAUUAGUUUGGGUCUCUGGGAUACAGCUGGAAAUGAUGCCUUUAAGGGAAUCCGUCCAUUAUCAUACCAGCAAGCAGAUGUUGUACUUGUGUGUUACUCAGUAGCAAAUCACAUGUCCUUUUUAAACAUCCGUAAUAAGUGGAUCAAUGAAAUAAGGAGCUACUUGCCUAAAGUUCCUAUCCUGGUGGUAGCUGCUCAGACUGACCAGCGUGAAAUGGGACCAAACCGUUCAGCAUGCAUUACUGCAGCCGAUGGAAAAAGACUAGCCCAUGAGAUCAAAGCUAAAGGGUAUGUGGAGUGCUCAGCCCUCAGUAACCGAGGGGUACAGCAGGUCUUUGAAUAUGCUGUACGAACAGCAGUUAACCAAGCCAGGAGACAUUCAAGAAGGAACAUUUUUGAUGUGAAUCAGUGUAAGAUAUUUUAAGUUCACAAAUGUGCACCAGAUUGUGCAUUUCAUUUUAUGCUAAAAUGGAGAACAGCUGCCAACAAAGCAAGGUUUUCUUAUAAUAAUAUUCUGGAAGAACCCCCUCUAUUAAUGCAAAGAACACCUUAAUGUUUUGGGCAAAUUCACCAAAAUUAAUGACUGCAACAGUGAUAGCAGUUCAGUUAAAUCAGAAUCUCUGACUUCUUCAGAUGUUUGUAUUGGACUAUGAGUUAUUACUUUUUUGUGAAAGGGUAUUUCUAUAUAUUGCAUUUAUAGUUUUUAUAAGAGAAAGCGUGGUCUACAUAUGAUUCAUUCUGUUUACUUUCCAUAAGAAUGGAAGCUUGGGAAUUAUAGUACUAAUGGUAUUUACUUAAAAGGUGGACAGGAACAGAUGUUAUUAUAUAUAAUGGCACUAAUGUUACAUUUGUGAUAUCUUGAAAUCUUUUUUUUGCUAUAGAAAUGAUAUGCAUUACAUUAACAAAGUAUAUUUUCAGUGUAAUGGACUGGUAAAAUUCCUAACUGUAUAAUGUAUGUUUUAUUUUCAUUCUUCAUAAAUAAACUUUUUUUUUUGAUGGAAUAAAUGAGUACUAAGCAGUAUUUCCUUAGAAUGGUACAGUGGCUAAAUUUUCAUGGUUGUAUGCUAUUGAGUAAAGUAACAUCUGCACAAUUUUUACCCAUUGUUUUUGUUUCAUAAUCUUGCAGCAUCCAAAAUUUAUGUACAAUUAUUGUAAAAUAAGAUAUUUUCUGUACAAUGUCGAUCAGUUAAAAUAAGGAAAUAAGAGAAUUUGAAAUGCUCCAUUAAUUGUAACAAUUUUCUAUGCUAUACAGGUUGUAAUGCCCUUUGCAGCUUAAAUUGUAUUUUCCAGCUUGUAAAUUGAAUCUCCUUUGUUUAGCUGUUUAUACUGAGCAUAUAAGUAAUUUUAUUGGUAGCAAAUUCAAUUGUAGUGCAAAGUGAAUAUUUUCAAUAAUAUUAAAAGAGCAGUCCAAAUGUGAAAUGUCUGUGUUUCAUAUAAUAUUUUGAGCCAUUUUGGGUUGAAAACUGAGCUUUGAAUUGGUUUUCUUGACAUAGCCAUCCAUUUAACAACAACAUAAUUUAUGUCUAUAGCACAUAGCAUUUUUUCGUACAAGGGUGGCAUGGUGGUGCAGUGGUAGCACUGCUGCUUCACGCUAAUUAGACCAGGGUUCAUGUCCCUUGUGCUCCCAGCUUGGAGCAUGCAUGUUUUCGUUGUGGGUUUCCACUGGUGCUCUGGUUGCCUGUUAAAAUCCAAAGACAUGAAAAUUAAGUAGACUGGUCGUGAUUCUAAUUUGGCCUUAGUGAGU